UACUGCGUGACAGAACAACAUGGCGUCCACAACAGGAGGAAUUAUUCUUGCGAUUAUCCUUUCAAGCAGUCUUCAUGCUACGUUGCAAUCUACAUGCAGUCAUUUUCAAGGACCUCCUCUACCGAACAGGCCCUUUAUCACAGUUUGGCAUACUCCGACAGAGCUGUGCAAAACGAAAUGGAACGUUACUCUUGAUUUUAGUGCAUUCGAUUUCGUAGUGAACCCUGACCAAACGUGGUGUGGAGAGCAUAUCGUGAUAUUUUACAACUCACAGCUGGGUUUGUAUCCUUAUUAUGAUAGCAAUGGGAAAGCAGUGAAUGGAGGCCUUCCACAGGUAAAUUCAUCGCUACAAAAGUACUUUACUUACUUUUUGUCUGGAUAACAUCUAAUUCAGAGUCAUAUGUAGACGUCGACCUUGGAGCCUGGAAGCUUAUAAGUAUGUUGUAACUUCGCCGUUAGACUCUUGCUCUUAUGCUCCCUCUGAGAAGCCCCCUUUCCUCCCUCCCCUCAUCUUUGAUCGGUGAGCUCUACACUAGUUACAAAUUACGGACUGGUUAGUAUAUUCGAAAAUGGGGUAAAGAAAUUUGAGCGUUGCAGGUAUAUAUGCAUGACUGACAAUAGACUCGGCGAAGCCCCACAAUAUUUUAAUGCAAAAGGGUGAACUUUUGACUGAACGAGCUGAAACGUAAAUGCACGCCGAAUUCGCCUCAGACUGUUCAAAAUUGUGUUUCCCGAGUGCUAAACAUGCAAAAAUUUCCCGUGGAAGGAAACCUCUGACCCCUUUUCACCCCUGACCGCAGUAGCGCAUACAAAAAAGAGUCUUGUAUGUUUGAUGUGGCUAAUAUUGAAAAAUAAAUCUCUUUCCCUGGACGUUUUGAUAAAUUUCUCAGUAGACCGUUCUGCUUCUUUAAGCUGGCCAACAUGACCGCACACCUCACCAUGGUUGAAAAAGACAUUGCAGAAGUGAUAAAAGAUCCAGACUUUCAAGGCCUUGGCAUAAUUGAUUGGGAGUUCUGGAGACCAAUAUUUGACAGAAAUUGGGAAAAACUUUCUAUCUACAGGUUUGAGUUUGUAUAAUCAUUGUUUGCGAACGUGGGGGAUGUUAUGACAAAAUGGCUCACAACGAGUUCUGCUAAGCUAGACAAGGAUAACUACCACUCAAUUUCAAACUAAGCAUGCGUGUUAUGUUUAUUUGUUUUCGUGUGUUUCUUUGUUGGUUUUUGUACUUAUAAUCCAUGAAAUAUUUUUGCUCGCGCGUUAUAAGUCUAAAUGCAUCACGUAAUCGAAUAUGCCCUAGCUAAAACUGGGGAAUAUCCAAAGAGAUACUCCAAAUGAUAUUCCUCAAUUUUCAAACCUUACGUCUACUAGAUGAAAGCGUUCAUUUCAAAUUUAAUUCAAGAUGAAGGAACAUUUAGCUAUUGUUACACGAGAAGGAAAAUGUUUGCUUGUUUGUAAAGUCGUACCAGAGAAAGCUGAAAAGUAAACAUUCCACGAGCAAACUGUAAGCUUAUCGUAAAAAUUUUACAAUUGGCGCGAAAAUGUGUUCGUAGAUUUGUCCCUGGACACUAUAUGCUCCUAGAGGCUCACAGUUCUCCUCGAGCUUCGUAGCUGUUCUGACUAAGGCUUUGUUUGCAGAAAUAAGUCAAUAGAGGUCGUCAAAGAAAGACAUCCUUCGUGGUCAGACAGUCUUAUUGAAGAAAUAGCCCGCGUAGAAUUUGAAACUGCAGCUCAACAGUUUAUUGAAGGCACCUUACUGCUCGCUCAAAAACUUCGUCCGAAGUCUGCUUGGGGUUUAUACGGCUUCCCAAAUUGUUACAACGACAAUGACGCAAAACCUUACACCUGUAGUAAACAGACUAUGCAGAUGAACGAUCAACUCUGGUGGAUGUUUGAGUCUAGUUCAGCAUUGUUUCCUUCAAUUUACCUUUACAAUGACAAGUCCCGAAAUAACACGCUAUAUGUGAAGUAUAGAUUAUUAGAAGGCUUUAGACACUCAAAGAAACUAGAUGGUCAUUUCAUUCCUGUCUAUCCUUACGUUCGCAUAACCUAUCCAGAUUCGCAGCUAUAUCUUAAUGAGGUGAGUAAUACCCCUUUUUUGUUGUUCUUGUUUUUUUUUCUCUUACCAACGACUGAAGAUCUCACGCAUUCAGAAGUGAAAAUAUUACGUUGAGGACGUCGAAGAUGAACGCGAUUUCAAUGUCUUUACUAGUGUAACCUUAGGUUGAGGAAUAUAUUCUUUUCCAUUAAGGGCGUUUCUGGAGGGAGAAAGGGGAAGUAGCGAAGGGGCUUUGACUUUCCCCUAUUUUUGGCUUCUUUUGGAGUGAAUACCAAUGCGGCGUUUUUGUAAAAAAGGCGAGGUCGUGCCCUUACCUUAAUAUACCAGUUUGUUCUUUCUAAAUUGUGAGGAUUCGUUCAGUGGAAAGAGCAUGAAAGUGGUAUUUGGAAAAUUGCAAAAAGACCUCGUAAAACGUAGGGUUAUGGUGAGAUUGUUUGCAUUUUGCCGCAACCGAAAAUCCAUCAGGUUAAAUUCGUUGCAUUUUAUGUAUUUGUCUGCUUUCAUAUGAGGUGACGGGCGAGCAAGAGUGGAUUAGCCUGUACUUCAUUUGCCAGGCGGCCGUACUUACCCCGGUUAGCGAGACAAAAUGAAUAACGUGUAUUCUUUAAUAUUUCAUUCGAGUAUCGAGAUAAUGCUUACAUAUAAGAAAGUUUAAUGUCCAGUCACCCCCACCAUUUCAUGCGAUACACUAAAUUGUUGGCACAUAAAAGGGUGAUGAAUGUAGAUCUCGAAAACUGAGCCAGACCGUUUGAAUCGCCGGCUCAAAUGAGCAAAGCCUAAGUUUUUCGAGCGUUCUACGUCUACUUGUCAAUCUCUUUUGUGCAACAGGCCGAUAUUGUGGCAACAAUUAGCCAGUCAGCGGAGCAAGGAGUCGCCGGUGUUGUUAUAUGGGGAGACCAUCUGACAGAGAGGACAAAAACCGACUGUUUAGAGAUUAAGACCUACAUUGAUAAUUUUCUGGGACCAGUGAUUAGAAACCUCACCACAAUCACUCAAGCCUGCAGCCAAGAGUUCUGCAACUCCCAUGGAAGGUGUACCUUCCAGCUGACACCUGUUGAGGGUAUUCACUCCUCAUUUCAUGAAUUUGCAAAGGAUUUGACAAAUCAGUGGAAAUUUCAGAGCUGCAAAUGUUACAAUGGAUGGAGUGGGGCGAACUGUGACCAUCAAAAUUAGAGCCUGACUAGAACUUACCACUGAAUAUUUUAUAUUUCAUUUUGUACAAAUUUUAUUGUCUUUAAACAGUAUUCACGCAAUCUCAUGCGCUGAUUUUGAUGACCAGUUUUGCUACGAACGCUUUCACUCUCAAAUCCUACACUAGUGGGGACGGACCAUCCGAAAAGCUAGGAUGGAAGUGGGGGAAGCCGGGGGUACUCUGUUGAUAAGUGAUCUUUUUAGACGAAAGCACUUGCAGGUUAACUCUUGGUCCUAUACGAUAAUUAAUCGUAGUUAUCGUUCGUUUAAGUGACAAGUCCCCCUUUUACGCUUCAAGUGUUAUUAAGUGAAUUCGCAAACAGGUCAUCCAUUGACAGAGUUCGCAAGAUGAUUGACGGCUUCAUGAAACGAAAUAAUUUUUUAAUCCAAAGUUUGCGCGUUAUCUAAAUGCGCGAUACGGUUAUAGUAUGGUCUUCCCAUGGACAUUUCACUUUUGCAACGUGCACGGCAUAACGCACCAGAACGUAGUUGAGUUUGAUUGACACUGCACAUGGUGAAGGGAGAGUUUGUUUUUUUCCCAAGAGAAGGUGUGGGAGAAUAAAGAACGGUUG